AUGUUCUCAUCUCGUUUCGGAUUAUUCGCUACAGUAUGCCUCAUUUUUGCAAUGAAUGCUUAUUGGGGACAAGUUCAAGCUGCAGUCUUGCCUGUUUCUUCAACUGAAGUUGCUUUAGUUGAAGAAUCUAAAAGUGGAGAAUUAGCAACAACUGAAAGCACAACUGCAAUCGAUACUUUGGGAAGUUCUCGAGUUAAAAGAAGUGGUUGCGGAUGUGGAUGUGGUUGUGGAUGCUGCUGUUGUCGACCAAGAUGUUGUUGUUGUUGUCGUCGUUGCUGCACUUGCUGCAGAACUUGUUGCUGCACAAGAUGUUGCACUUGUUGUAGACCUUGUUGUUGUGGAUGUGGAUGUGGAUGUGGAUGUGGAGGAGGAUGUGGAUGUUGCGGAUGCGGAGGAGGAGGACGUAAACGUCGUUCCCUUCAAAACUUGAAAAUCGAUCAUGCUAACAGACAAUUGGGAAUCAAAAGAAAAUCUGGAGGACAAGGAGCGGCUGCUGCUAAAUGCUAA